AUGGUUAAUUGGAAAACAUAUGCCCUAGGUGCUGGUUUUUCUGCUGGUAUAGCCUCUGCCGCCAGCUCAGAUGCAAGUGCAAGUGUGACUGCAAGCACCGCCAGCUAUUCGUCAGUGUCUACAUGCAAUCCAUUGUCAACAAGCGGCUGCCCAGCAGAUAAGGCUUUAGCUACCGCCAUUGCUGAUGAUUUCAGUUCAGAGUCCAGCUAUUUUUUCAGAACAAGUAGCAGUGGUGAGAUCGAGUAUGGUUCGGAUGGAAUGGCAAUGACAAUCAACAAGAGAUUCGACAAUCCUUCUCUAAGAUCGGAUUUUUACAUCAUGUACGGUAAGUUAGAAGUCGAAUUAAAAGCUGCUAACGGAACCGGAAUUGUUUCAUCAUUUUAUCUCCAGAGUGACGAUCUCGAUGAAAUUGAUCUCGAAUGGUUAGGUGGUGACACGACUCAAUUCCAAUCCAAUUUUUUUUCUAAGGGUGACACUACAACUUACGACAGGGGCGGCUUCCACAGUGUGAAUGCUCCUCAGGAUGAGUUUCACAACUACACUCUGGAUUGGGCAAUGGACGAGACUGUGUGGUACCUAGAUGGCACUGCAGUCAGAACUUUGGCCAAUACUUCUGAUGAAGGCUACCCACAAUCUCCAAUGUAUGUAAUGAUGGGAUGUUGGGCAGGUGGUGAUCCAAGUAACGAGGCUGGUACUAUCGAGUGGGCUGGUGGCGAAACAAACUAUUCAGAUGUGCCAUUCACGAUGUACAUCAAGAAAGUUAUAAUCACAGACUACUCUACUGGAUCCCAAUAUACUUACAAUGGUGAUUCUGGUUCUUGGGAGUCCAUUGAAGCCAAAGACGGUGAGGUUUACGGAAGAUACGACCAAGCUCAAGAGGACUUUGCUGCUUUAGCCAACGGUGCCACUUUAAGUGGCUCUUCGUCCACCGCAAGCUCCACUUCUACCAAAUCAAGUAGCACUAGCUCUACGACCUCGAGCAGCUCCACUUCGAGCAAGUCUAGUAGUUCAAGUUCGACGAGCCAUUCUAGCUCUUCCAGCUCACACACCACUACCAGCAGCAGCAGCUCCAGUUCUAGCUCCAGUUCCAGUUCCAGUUCAAGCUCCAGUUCUAGUUCUAGCUCCAGCUCCAGCUCUAGCUCCGGAUCCAGCACCAACUCCAGCAUCAGCUCGAGCUCCAGUUUCGCUUCAUCCGCCGCAGCCAGCUCUUCUGAGCCCGCUAACAGUGACACUGUAUCAUCCUCCGUCAGUGCAACCACCACGCUAGCUGAUGCAAGUGUGGAAACUUCCGCAGCUGCUGAGGCCUCUUCUGCGACUACAUCUCAUUCGUCAACCAUUUCAACAGUGGCGACGGGCUCUACAUCUUCAUCAGUGAGCAUCGCCACUGCCACUAAUGGUGCCUCUGCUUUGAGUGGGACUCUGUCCGCUCUAUUUGGGCUGGUGGCUCUCUUCGUUUGA